GUGGCCCUAGACACGUUGGAAUGGAUACGUGGUGGUAGUUCUAGGCAUAUAUACUGCCGUAAAGUCUUCCAGGACUCCACAGAGGUUUUCGGCGUGGAUCGUCGACGUUUAGCCACAGGAGAUUCUAGUAUAUAUAUUCCGAGUUGAGAAACGUUAACCACAACAGAUUCAGCUAUAUAUUCUGAAGCAGAUUUUGAUCGCAAGGGACACCGAGUUUAUUCACGAACUGGUUUUUGGCAAGUGACGUGAAAGAAAACCUCUGGAAAAGUGCUCGUACGAAACCAAACCCAAGUUUUGUGUACCUAUAUAUUGAACAAUGGGUCUCAUUCUGACUAGAAUUCUCUCUUUGAUACAGAGCAAAAAACCCUGUAGGAUAUUAAUGGUCGGUCUUGACGGCGCAGGGAAGACUACGAUACUCUACAAACUAAAAUUGGGGGAAAUUGUGACUACGAUUCCAACAAUUGGUUUCAACGUCGAGACAGUGGAGUACAAGAACAUAAGUUUUACUGUGUGGGACGUUGGCGGCCAGACAAAGAUUCGUCCAUUGUGGAGGCAUUACUUCCAAAACACCUCCGCCAUCAUCUAUGUAAUAGAUUGCAACGACCCCGAGAGACUAGCAGAAGCGAAGGAGGAAUUAGACAUCUUGUGCCAGGACGCAGAGCUCGAGAACUGCCCACUGCUCGUUAUGGCCAACAAGCAAGACCUACCACAGGCAGCCUCGCCUUCUUUCGUCACAGACGCCCUCAACCUCAGAGACCUGAGACGCCCCUGGUUUGUCCAGGCCACCUGCGCUGUCAACUCCACGGGCAUCUACGAGUCCCUAGACUGGCUGGCAAAGGAAGUUUCGAAUUAAAAGGGAAAUUUUUUCUAGGAUUUCGACUGAUUUACAACACUAUUACUCUUUAGGCUUAUAGUACUCUGCGUGCUGUCUUGUUCAGAUUCUAGACCUAUAAAUGUAUUAUUUUGGACUAAUUAAAAUACACCUAAGCCAAUGUUAUUUUCUAAUACCCUGGCAAAGGAAGUUUCGAAAUAAGGGGAAAAUUUUUCUAGGAUUUCGACUGGUUUACAAUAAUACUCUUUAGGCUUAUAGUACUCUGCGUGCUGUCUGGACCAGAUUCUAGACCUAUAAAUGUAUUGUUUUAUACUAAUAUAAGACUCUUAAGUCAUACGCUUAAGCCAAUGU